CGUCACCGACCGUCACUAGCCAGCACUUUAAAUUUUAUCAACUCAUUCAAUAUCGAUAGGCUGCUUAUUUUGCUGCAUUUUGAAAGAAAUUUAUAUACAUAAACGCAAGUAAUGGAGACGACCUGGUGGGUGGCUAACUUAAAGGCACUGAAGUCCAAGGACCAGCGCCUUGGGGCGCUAACUAAAAUGAAGACGGCAAUCAGCAAGGCGCCAACUCUGUCGCGCGAAACGAUCGAGCUGCUGUUGACCUGUCCGGAGUUGUACGAGUGCGCGACGCUUGCCGGCGAGGAUGAGCAGAAGAAGUUGGACCAGCCAGUUGUCGAUGCGGCUAUAGAGCUACUGGGCCUCAGCCUGGAUCCACUCCAAAUGGAUACCGAGGACGUGAAGCUGCCGGGACUGCUUAAACGCGGGCUGACCCACUCCAAUUCCGCCGUUCGUUCGAUUGUACUCAACAACCUGCUGCGAGAGCUGCGCCGCCAGACCAAGGAGGGCGCUGUGCGUCCGCUUCCCAGCAACGAGCUGAUCGUCUAUGUGCUGAACGAGCUGCUUCAGCGCGAGUCGGACUGCAGCAGUGCAGCCAUCAGCAUUCUAGCGAUUGUCCUUACAGUACGACUCGACGAUGCCGAGAUACAGUCGAGGCUGGUGCAGUUGCUGCAACAGAAUGAGAUCAUCCGAUGCCGCGCAUACGAGCUGGGCGUAAUGCUGGCCAAGCGCAAUGCAAGCUCGCUCAAAAGCGUGGAAUUCAUCCUGGAUGCUGCCCUCACUGAGCUGGACAACACCGAUGUGCUGCUGCAGGCCAGUGUCAUGGAGAUCCUUGUGCCGCUGGCGGACCAGAACCACGGGCUCACCUACAUGGAGCGCCGUCGCGUAUUCGAUGUGAUCAGCUCCCGAGUGCAGAGAAUCGAGCAGGAGCCGCUCAACAUUCUGCUCAUUCCAAAUAUCAUGAAGUUCUUUGGCAAAAUUGGCGCCAUCCAGCCGCAAAAGAUCAUCAACGACUACCCCGUCAUGGUGGAGUGUCUUUUCAAUCAGCUGAAACAUGAAAACGAGAGUAUCCUGCCCAUAGCAAUGGAGACGCUGGCAAAUUUGUCGAGCACAUCGCAGGGGAAGGUUCUGAUCUCUAUGAACUUCCAGCCGGCCAUGCUGCUGGCGCUGAAAUCUAUUGGUGUCUACGUCCAAAAGCUAUCGCCGAAAAUUAAAGUACGUCUGCUCGAGUCACUCAAUAUUAUACUGGGGACAACGGUGCGCCCCAACUCAGAUAUCACCACGCUCCUUUCCCAGUGGUACCAGAGCUUUGCCGGGGGCCCUCAGGUGAACUACCUCAUGGACUUAUACAACACACCCUUCGACGAUCUACAGAUCGCUGCUCUAACGCUGCUCAAGACCCUCUGCACAUACCGCUGGGGCAUUGAGGCCCUGCGUGGCACUGGAGGGGCCGUAGAGCACCUGCUAUCGCGUCAGCGUCAUCUCCACAAGGAUGUCAAGUAUCUAAAAUGGGAGAUAUUGGGACUGCUAGCGGGCAGCUCGGACUUCACGGCCACGGAGACAGUGCGCUUCACUGCCUACGUGAAUGAGGGACCCUAUUAUGUGCCUACGCAAGUGAACAUUGCCACCGAGUCGCAGGGCAACGCUUAGAAGACGAGGACCACCACCUACAAGCACCGACGCGGGCAGCAAUAUCAACAGCUCGAAAUAGAAGAUAGAGACACAGAAUACAUCAAAGUCAAAAUUUUGUAGUUAAACUUUCACUAGGAACCGCAUCGGAUCGGAUCGGACAUGUAUGGUUUUUUUUUGGCUUAGUAGAUAGAUAGAUUCUUUUUGAUUACAAAUCGAAUGCAAAGCAAAUGGA